ACCCUUAAUGGCGCCCGCCCAGACUCCCGGAAGUGGGCGGCCUAGCGAGCGAGCUCCCAGGCGCAAAGCACGCCGGAAGCUGUAGUUCAGCCAUCGGACGGAAGCCUACCGGGGCGUGCGGAGGGAUGUGGCCCGGAAUAUUGGUGGGGGGGGCCCGGGUGGCGUCAUGCAGGUACCCCGCGCUGGGGCCUCGCCUCGCCGCUCACUUUCCAGCGCCGCGGCCGCCGCAGCGGACACCCCAGAACGGCCUGGCCCUGCAGCGGUGCCUGCACGCGACGGCGGCCCGGGCUCUCCCGCUCAUUCCCAUCGUGGUGGAGCAGACGGGUCGCGGCGAGCGCGCCUAUGACAUCUACUCGCGGCUGCUGCGGGAGCGCAUCGUGUGCGUCAUGGGCCCGAUCGAUGACAGCGUUGCCAGCCUUGUUAUCGCACAGCUCCUCUUCCUGCAAUCCGAGAGCAACAAGAAGCCCAUCCACAUGUACAUCAACAGCCCUGGUGGUGUGGUGACCGCGGGCCUGGCCAUCUACGACACGAUGCAGUACAUCCUCAACCCGAUCUGCACCUGGUGCGUGGGCCAGGCCGCCAGCAUGGGAUCCCUGCUUCUAGCCGCCGGCACCCCAGGCAUGCGCCACUCGCUCCCCAACUCCCGUAUCAUGAUCCACCAGCCCUCAGGAGGCGCCCGGGGCCAAGCCACAGACAUUGCCAUCCAGGCAGAGGAGAUCAUGAAGCUCAAGAAGCAGCUCUAUAACAUCUAUGCCAAGCACACCAAACAGAGCCUGCAGGUGAUCGAGUCCGCCAUGGAGAGGGACCGCUACAUGAGCCCCAUGGAGGCCCAGGAGUUUGGCAUCUUAGACAAGGUUCUGGUCCACCCUCCCCAGGACGGUGAGGAUGAGCCCACGCUGGUGCAGAAGGAGCCUGUAGAAGCAGCGCCGGCGGCAGAACCUGUCCCAGCCAGCACCUGAGAGCUGGGCCUCCUCUCCAGAAUCAUGUGGAGGGGCCAGAGGCCUGCCAGACCCCCAGCUGGGCCCUGCUCACCCCUUGUUGCUGGGCUUGGAGGGGCCUCUUGAGGAACUUUUAAUUUGCAGGGGUGCCCGCUAUGGACGGGGCAUUCCAGCUGAGACACUGUGAUUUUAAAUUAAACCUUUGUGGUCUUUG